AUGAAGAGCGAAGCAGCGGCGCGUUUACUCGGAAUCGUCUGCGUUGCGAUUCUGUUCGUUCACGGAAACGCGUUGGCGGGCAGCGAGAUCUACGCGAAGACGUUCCCGAGCAAGCAACACCCGUCGGACCCUUGCUACGACGAGGACAGGCCACGACGGUGCAUUCCGAACUUCGUGAACGCAGCGUUCGGCGCCGUGGUAGAGGCCUCGUCGACCUGCGGAAGCGGCGGGCCCACGAGAUACUGCGACGUGAUCGAGCAACCGGGAGGUAGCACGAGUAUAGGUCAGUGCCACAUCUGCGACGACAGCACGCCGCGGCGUCGAUUCCCCGCGAGCUACCUGACGGAUGUGAGCAACCCCAACAACGUGACCUGCUGGCGGAGCGAGCCGCUCGUCACGUCGCAGAGCUUCUCCGCGCCGCCAGACAACGUGACCUUAACCCUCUCUCUAGGAAAAAAAUACGAACUGACCUACGUCAGCCUGCAAUUCUGCCCGAAGGCUGCCAAGCCGGACUCCAUCGCCAUAUACAAAUCCAUGGACUACGGCAAGACGUGGCAGCCUUUCCAGUUCUAUUCGUCCCAAUGUCGCCGUGUAUACGGCAGGCCUAAUCGGGCGACUAUCACGAAAGCCAACGAGCAAGAAGCCAGAUGCACCGACAGUCAUCGAUACACCGGUGGUAAUGGCCUCGCACCCGUCGGUAGGAUCGCGUUCAGUACCCUGGAGGGUCGUCCGUCGGCGUCGGACUUCGACAACUCGCCCGUCCUUCAGGAUUGGGUCACUGCGACGGACGUUCGUGUGGUCUUCAAUAGACUUCACAUGCCUCAGCAGCCGUCUCAGGAACAGGUCCUGCAGCUCGGAGGGACUGGCGACGAUCGUGAUCGCGAUCGCGACCAUGGCCUCGGCCUUGAAGAAUUGGCCAAGCGAGAGAGAGAGAGAGAGGAGAGGUUGAAGAAUCAGAAGACAUCUCGUGGAUCGUUAGAUCCUCUGGCGACCGCGUUGCCCUCGGUACACCAGGUAAUCGCGCCGCAGGAAAUGCAGUCAAACGACGCCGUGGACGAUGGCGAGAGCUUCGCCGCGGUGACCGUGUCCACGAGCACCAGCAGCAGCAGCCUGACCAACAACCUCGGGACCAUCACGCUCGCUCAUCACUACGCCGUCUCGGACUUCGCCGUCGGCGGCAGGUGUAAGUGCAACGGCCACGCGGCAAGGUGUAUCCAAGGGAAGAACGGCGAGGUGGCCUGCGAGUGCAGGCACAACACCGCCGGCAGAGACUGCGAGAGGUGUCGGCCGUUCCACUUCGACCGACCCUGGGCACGAGCCACUGCCAGAGAUGCCAACGAAUGCAAAGAGUGCAACUGCAAUCUCCACGCAAGAAAGUGCAAAUUCAACAUGGAACUGUACAAGCUGUCGGGACGUGUCAGCGGAGGCGUUUGUCUGCAGUGCCGGCAUUUUACGGCGGGAAGACACUGUCACUAUUGUAAGGAAGGUUACUACAGGGAUCCAGCGAAAUCGAUCCAUCACCGCAAGGCCUGCAAAC